AUGCAAACCUGUGGGGUAUCCUUAGAAAGUAUCCAAUCUGAAGGUCACCAGUUUGGGAAAGAUGGUGAAGCUGUAAACAAUGCAUCAAAUUCGUCAGAACCAUCUUCAGUAACACACGACGCAGAAAGUCAUCCUCAAGCUAACAUUGUUACGGAAAGUAUAAUGGAAAUUAAUGAAGUGGUACCUUCUGAACCAGUCAAUGUUUGCCAGGUACAAGAGUUUCCAACAAGCAAACGACUGAAAGUCAGUGACACAGAGGAAGUGAAAAUAAUUAAAUUGAAAGCUACAUCAAGUUCUAUUGUAGAGUGGUUGGAAAACCUUGAUGAAGGGGCUACUUUGACUGAUAUGUUGGAGCACUUCAAUGGAUCCAAUCAAGAUUCCAUUGUUGAACUGCUAAAUUGCCUUGAGUUUGACUUUUCAAUAUAUAAGAAAGGUAACGUGUACAAGGCUAUGUAA